AUGACCAUGGAACAAGAUCAAUCGUCCACACAUCUUCUGUGGGUAGCCGCACUCGCGUUCACGGGCUAUCUGUUCUGGCUUGUGCUCUACCGAUUAUAUCUAUCUCCAUUGGCUCGAUUUCCAGGACCUAAGUUGGCCGCCUUCACGGCAUGGUACGAGUUUUACUACGAUGCAAUCCGACAUGGAAAGUAUACAUUCGAGAUUGCUCGGAUGCAUCGGCAAUAUGGGCCCAUCGUUCGCAUCAGUCCCUGGGAGCUCCAUAUCGAUGACCCGGAAUAUUAUGAAGUCCUCUACUCGUAUCACGAACCUCGCAACAAAUACAAGUUCUAUGCGAACAUGUUCGGAAACCCGAAGGCGGCAAUCGCCAUACUGGACCAUUCUCAUCAUCGUCUCUUACGAUCCAACAUGAAUCCGUAUUUUUCCACGAAGCGUAUACGCUCACUAGAACCCGAAAUCCAAGCUUUGGUCGACAAGCUUUGCCAUAGACUUAAUGAGUUCAAAAAUACUGGCGUGCCGGUAACACUCCAGCAUGCAUACACCUGCUUUGCCACCGAUGUUGUCUCCGACUACACCAUGGGGACCGGCUUUCACUACCUGGACGAGCCAGAUUUCAUUCCGGAUUGGAGCGACACAUUGAGCGGUAUUGCACAGGGCAGUGCCUGGUUCAAACCUCUAUCCUGGCUGUUGACGCUGCUGAAGGCCCUGCCGCAGCAUUUCGUGAAGAAACUCAAUCCGGGUAUGGGCCUGAUGUUUUCGUUCCAGAAUCGCUGCGGUGUGCUCAUCAACUCUGUUAUUGAAAAUCAGAGGACCGGAGAAGAGAAGCAACAGUACAAGCAUCCUACCUUUUUCCACGACGUGCUGGCGAGCGAUCUUCCUCCGGAAGAGAAGAGCGCCGAGCGAUUAGCACAAGAGAUACAAGUCGUGAUUGGUGCGGGGGCGGAAACAGUCGCGAAGAUGCUGAGCUGGACGACGUAUUAUCUGCUCGAGAAUCCCCAGAAGCUGAAGAAGCUACAGGAAGAGCUGAAUGGUUUCGACCCGGACCGAAAUGCUACGUUGGUGGAUUUUGAGAAAAUGCCCUACCUUACAUCAGUCAUGCUGGAAGGUUUAAGGCUUUCGUACGGUGUGAGCACUCGGCUCGCCAGAAUAGCCCCUGACCGCGCUCUAAAGUACCGGGGAUACUCCAUUCCAGCUGGGACUCCCGUCGGCAUGACGAGCGUUUUCAUGCACCACAACGAGAGAAUCUUUCCCGACUCGUACAACUUUAUCCCGGAAAGGUGGAUGGACCUUGACGGGCGUCAACGACUCGAAAAGUAUCUGGUCGCUUUCAGUAAAGGGUCUCGACAAUGCAUUGGAUUGAACCUCGCUAGAGCUGAGAUGCUCCUAGCUAUGGCCAAGCUCUUCCGCGAUGUGCACUUUCAACUCUAUGAGACGACGAGAGAAGAUGUUACAUUGGCGCAUGAACUUUUCCUGCCUUUGCCUAAGGUCGGGAGCAAGGGUGUUCGAGUUCUCGUGACAGACUAG